UGGCUGCGCACACCCAUGUGUCACUGAUCAGGGAGCAUUUCCUGCGCAGCGCUUCAUGAUCCAGUGACGUCGGGCCCAGCGAAGCCACCGCGGAGUCCAGUAUGGCCACGCUGCUCCUGGGCGCGCUGCUGCUGGGGGCGCAGCUCCAGCUAGCGCCUUCCCGCCCUGGGGCGCCCUGGGCGGAGACGGGCCAGCAGGAGCUCGUUCGGAAGGCGGCCGCCCUCCAAGACCAGGCCCUGGCCAGCUCGGCGCCCAACGGCUCGGCCCAGCAGCUGCCGCAGACCAUCAUCAUCGGCGUGCGCAAGGGCGGCACGCGCGCGCUGCUGGAGAUGCUCAGCCUGCACCCCGACGUGGCGGCCGCCGAGAACGAGGUGCACUUCUUCGACUGGGAGGAGCACUACAGCCAGGGCCUGGGCUGGUACCUCAGCCAGAUGCCCCUCUCUGCCCCGCACCAGCUCACCGUGGAAAAGACCCCCGCGUACUUCACGUCGCCCAAAGUGCCUGAGCGCGUCCACAGCAUGAACCCGGCCAUCCGGCUGCUGCUCAUCCUGCGGGACCCGUCGGAGCGCGUGCUGUCCGACUACACGCAAGUGCUGUACAACCACAUGCAGAAGCGCAAGCCCUACCCGUCCAUCGAGGAGUUCCUGGUGCGCGACGGCCGGCUCAACGUGGACUACAAGGCGCUCAACCGCAGCCUCUACCACGUGCACAUGCGCAACUGGCUGCGCUUCUUCCCCCGCAGCCGCGUGCACAUCGUGGACGGCGACCGCCUCAUCAGGGACCCCUUCCCCGAGAUCCAGAAGGUCGAGCGGUUUCUGAAGCUGUCGCCGCAGAUCAACGCCUCGAACUUCUACUUCAACAAAACCAAGGGCUUUUACUGCUUGCGGGACAGCGGCCGGGACCGCUGCCUGCACGAGUCCAAAGGCCGGGCGCACCCCCAAGUGGACCCCAAACUCCUCAAUAAACUGCACGAGUAUUUCCACGAGCCAAAUAAGAAAUUCUUUGAGCUUGUGGGCAGAACAUUUGACUGGCACUGAUGGGCAAUAAGCUGGGCUCGGAAACUUUCCUGCCGUAAGUUCUGGUGUAGGUGGGGAGGGGGAGGGGAAGAAUUUUAAAAGGGCAUUUAAGCUAUAAUUUAUUUGUAAAAUCCAUAAAUUACUUCUGUACAGUAUUAGAUUCACAAUUGCCAUAUAUAUAUACUAGUUAUAUUUUUCUACUUGUUAAAUUGAGGGCAUUUUGUAUUGUUUUUCAUGGUUGUUAACAUUGUGUAAUACGUCUCUCUAUGAAGGAACUAAAAGAUUUCACUUCAAAAAAAAGAAAAGAAAAAAGAAAAAAAUUCUGGAGACGCUGUCGUUUUUUUAAUAUAAUUAAC